AACUUGAUUGUUCUGAUGUAAAUGACAGGGAUGGGAAGAAGGAGAAGGGCUUGGGAAAGAAAAGCAAGGGAUCAAAGGAUAAGUCAGGGUGGAGAACAAGCAAGACACUUUAGGACGAUGGUUCUGAUAUAUGAAAGAGGUUUUUAUGUAUAUGUUUAUUUGGAGCAUAUUCUAGGCAUAGGCACGGAGAAGCCCAAUGCUUGGGCGUUUGAUACCACACAGUUUGAUGGCAUCCUCAAGAAAUUGAAAGUGCGAGCCAUUGAAAUUAAAAAUGAUAGAGCUGAUAAAAAAGACAAACUGAUAGCAAAGAAAGUGGAAGCAGAUAAACAGAACAAGGCUUCCAAGAACACUCAUGAUACAGCUGUCAAGGUGACUCGACCACAAGGAAGGUAUAAGAGAAGAGAGAAGGGGAAACUUGUCCAAGCAUAUUCUUCUCAGGAUCUUGAAGGAAUUAUUGUAAAGAAGGUAAAGCGAUACACAUAAUAA